AAUCGGACAUCCCUACUUGUGACUCUUGUUUAAUAAAAAACAUUUCAAAUGUGAUGUUGAUGUAUUUCUGAGGCAUUGAGUAUAUCUGUGGUCAACAAAGUACUGAUGUUAAUUAUUUGCUCCUGCCACAGGUGAAUGAGGUGUUAGUUGCUUGUUGCCGUGGUUUCCAUGCCUUUACCAUGAGUUGGAGUUUCCUGACUCGACUGCUGGAAGAAAUCCACAAUCACUCUACAUUUGUCGGCAAAUUAUGGCUCACUGUGCUCAUUGUGUUUCGCAUUGUUCUGACGGCUGUGGGAGGGGAGUCCAUCUACUACGACGAACAGAGCAAGUUCGUCUGCAACACGGCUCAGCCCGGUUGCGAGAACGUCUGCUACGAUGCCUUCGCUCCGCUCUCGCAUGUUCGCUUCUGGGUCUUUCAAAUCAUCCUGAUCUCAACACCUUCGCUCAUGUAUUUGGGAUACGCCGUCAACAAGAUCGCCCGUGAGGACGAGCGAGCAGGGGGCGGUGGAGAGAAAGGAUUAUUGCAGAGAAAAUCGAAGAAACACAAUCUUUUAUCCAGAAGGCAGAAUCGGGGUGUUGAAGAGGCUGAGGACGACCAAGAAGAAGACCCUAUGAUUUACGAGGUGGUAGAUGAGGUCGUAAAAAAAAGUGGUGAAGAAAGGGCAAAGGUCAAGUCACGCCAUGAUGGGCGCAAGCGUAUCAAAGAAGAUGGACUGAUGCGCAUUUACGUCUUCCAGCUUUUGGCUCGUACUUCUUUGGAGGUGGGGUUCCUGGGUGGACAGUAUUUCCUCUUUGGAUUUGCAAUAUCACCCAAGUACUUGUGUUCUGAACAGCCCUGCCCAAUCAUUGUAGAAUGCUUUGUGUCUCGCCCCACUGAGAAGACUAUCUUUCUCUUCAUUAUGUAUGGCGUCUCCCUGCUCUGUCUAGUACUCAGUGUGUGGGAGAUGCUGCAUUUGGGCGUUGGAACCAUCUGUGAUAUCGUACGCCACCGUCAGGUGCAGCUCCGCGACGAAGGGUCGUAUGGACAGACACAGCAACAAGGAGACUUUAAAGUGACAGAACUCGGCGAAGAGGAUUACAACAGCUACUCCACUUCUCUGAACACGGCUGCGUCCGCUCCGCCACGAUACAACAUCGCAGUCAAGUUUCCCAUGGAGUCUUCAAGAAGCCAUGAAAAACCCCUGGCUGUCACCGAUCUGUCCAAUGAUACGAUGACAUGUAGGCAGAACCAUGUGAACAUUGCCCAUGAGAGGAGUCAGCAGUACAACAUUAAUGAUGAGAACUUGGCCAGAGAACAUGCGCCCGUCCACAACGGUGCUAACAGUAAACUUACACAGAUCUGCACACAGGUCGCUGGAAUGACACACGCAAACAAGGUUAACAGCAGGAACAGUUGUAACAAUUCUGAGUGGGUCUGAUGUUCAGGAACGGACAAUUGUACCAACCAGAUUUUCCCUUUUUUCAUAAUGAAUUAACUAAAAGUUGUAGAAAUUGUCAAUAUAUAAUUUAAGACUAAACACAUCAGGGACGUACAGUUCUUUUAUAUGCAGUUCCAUUAAAGUUGUACGCACUUUUUUGCAAUUAUUGUGUGUGUUCUCUCCCCCUUUAUUCAACAGGGUUUGGUCUGGUUUGGUUUUGUGCCCGUCUGGUUUGUACUUUACUGUAUAUAUUACUUCUUCCAGUAAAAAAAGGGACAUUGAAUUGUUCUUGUUGUCAUUACUGUGAGGAUGCAGAACUGAUAAACUUUUAAGGGAAACCUUGAACAUGUCUUUAAUGUGCUGCUCAGAUACACAUUUAGAAGGACUUGAACUGUUUACUACCUGAUAACAUUUUGGUGAAGAACACGCCAAACAAGGUAAGACCCAAGUUAUAUUUUUAAUGGUACAGGUACAUUUUUACAACACAUUGCCAUACUUCCAAAUACAAACACACACACUGAGAUUUUGCUAAACUGACAUACAUUUAGAAAUCUGACCAAAGUGGUUCAUACAAAUUCAUGCUUUAAAGCAAUCCACAUUUUAAUAAAACAAAAGCCGUUACAUGACUUUACUUUAUGUAUAAACUAACAAAACCACUAAUCAAUUGAGAGCUAAAUAAAUCAAAAUGAAAUGUAAAUAAAUGUUUUUCACUUCUGUCUUUCCAUUGUCUUCCCCUUUCCUCGGCAGCUUUUUACCUUUUCCAUGUGUAUUUAAUUAAGUGUCAGCACACAACAAAUAUUUUACAAUCACCUUUCAAGUUUAUAGCACACUGGCGUCUUUACGCUUAAGCUAUUAAAGAUUUUGGGUGGUGCGUUCCUCAUCCUGCCUUGGACAGAACCGCAAGCUUUAGCAUUCACAUCUUGGAGCCUUUAUCCUGCAGGCAUUUGAUUGUCUUCUCUUUUAACUGUUGAACAGGCCUCAAAUAGUUGCUUUUACUGGCGCGGUAGGAAACUGUAAGCAGUUUGUCUAAGUCCACACAAACAUCUGGAAAAAGAUGUGUACACAGGUCUGGCAUUCACUGUGGCACAGACAGACAGAAGCCUGCUGUGUGAGAUUUGGAACAAAGUCAGGCCAAAGUUAUGAGAUGAGUGUUUAUCACUUCACACAAGACCAGCAUUGGUUUACAUUUAUAAAACAGUUUUUAGUUCUUAGUGACAUCACGUUUUAUCCCAGUUUAUUUACAAUUGUUAGUUGUAAAUAUAAGGCGUGUUUAUUUAUAAAUUUGAAUGGGUCUAAUGCCCUUUUUUUUAUAUUCACAAAAAACAGAGCCUGUAGGUAACUUCGGUUUCCAUGGUAUCACUAUGAGCUGGCGUUUCCUGAUACCUGAGGAGGAGAGUCCAUCUAGGAUAAUA